CCAAUGCACGGCAUAGUGAGCUGUCCGCAUGGUCGGUCACAGGAUAUUGACUACAACAUAGUCAAGCUGCGAGGGGCAGUUGUAGCAUAGCAGCGGUAGAUCAGCUGCUAGGUACCUCCGCUAGCUGUCUAGCAAGGAAUGGACAGGUUGAGGUCACUGCAGGGGCAAUGUAACUUUGCUUUUUCACAGCCUUCUACGGAGGGUUCCAUGGGGUCGGUGAGACAGCAGAUAAUGGAGGGAUGGGUGACAGUAACACCACAGACUCCGCCGAUAAGUGUUCUGAUACCAGCUGCUGGGAUCGAUGCGCGCAAGACGGUCGGCGGGGAGCUGAACCCACCCAAUCUGAGCCAAUCACACGCCCGGCUUAUCCAAUCCUAGAAGCACGUCUGCCACCAACCCCGAUUCCGACGGUAGCAGUACAACCACGCACUAAGUACCAGAUAGUACUAGGAUGCCAGUGGCGGGGGGGGAAGCAAGCAAGGAGACACAACCACUGCAGGACAUGUGUAUCUAGAAGUUCCAGCCGGUUGAGACUGGGGAUACGGUGCUGGGUUUCUGUCAAUCUAUUGACGUUGAUACAAGGGGUGCACGAUAAUCCAUGCAGGGGAAAAUAUGAUAUCACCUCCCGGGGGCCCUUAAACCACACGGAGGCGUCGGAUCGACUGGACAUGGUGAUGCCGCUAGUGGAGGCUUCAUGAGAGGAUGGAUUAAGGAAUAGUCUUUCGCUAAUUUCUGAACUGUCAAUCUAUGCAUCUUGACUGUCGAUACUCCGUAAACCUCGGAUGUACAUAGUGACACUGACAGUCUG